AGGAUCUUGAAUAUUUAUUUUUUUUGCAAUGAAUAUCCCUUGGUUUUGUGUCUGCUUUUUUCCUAGUUACCCUUCAGUUAAUUUCUUAAUACUGAACUUUUCACUGUGCUAAAAGAAGAUAACGUGCUUCAAACUACACAAGAGUCUGAGAGCUUGUUUAUAGUGCUUUUCCAGUGACCGCUGUACAUCCCGAGACUUGCUCGUCUGGCUUCCCAAAUAACGUUGUUAUGAUCUUGUCCCAAGUGGCACCAGCAAUUGCACGGUUGCCAGUUGACUCCAAUGCCGGGGGGCUUUCAUAUUUGAAAGACCUCCUUCUGGAUGACCAAUGUGUAUUUUAACCAAUUGUAUCAGAAACUAAGUCUCCAACUUCCCAUUCAUUCCAGCUGGUAGCAACGCUUAUAAUGCAAAUAAAUCACACUUCAGGAUCACAUAAACAUUACUCUUAAAACUUUCUAGAUGAUUGUAGUUGCUUUGGCUGUGUUCUAUGCUAGCAGAAGCCUUCUCCAAGGUUUACUGUUGACUCUAGAGCACCACAUUCCCCAUUUACUGGGAGCCUUGGGGGCAAGCAAUAUGGGGAACUCGUGCGUCUGCCGUGAUGACAGUGGCACAGAAGACAAUGUGGAAUCUCGGAGUCGGCAAACGGAGAACAGCAGAGUACACGUACCUGAAGCAAGAAGCCACCCAAGGGACCCUGUCCGUCCACCCAGGAGGGGUCGAGGGCCUCACGAACCAAGAAGGAAAAAACAGAAUGUGGAUGGGCUAGUACUUGAUACGCUGGCUGUAAUUCGGACGUUAGUAGAUAAUGACCAGGAGCCUCCUUAUUCAAUGAUCACGUUGCAUGAAAUGGCAGAAACAGAUGAAGGCUGGUUGGAAGUUGUCCAAUCUUUAAUUAGAGUUAUUCCAUUAGAAGAUCCCCUGGGACCAGCUGUUAUAACCCUACUACUUGAUGAAUGUCCGUUGCCAACAAAAGAUGCAUUACAAAAAUUAACUGAAAUAUUAAACUUAAGUGGAGCUGCUGCUUGCCAGGAUGCUUGUCACCCUGCCAAACACCGGAACACGACUGCGGUGCUGGGCUGCUUAGCAGAGAAGUUAGCAGGUCCUGCGAGUAUAGGCUUACUCAGCCCAGGCAUAUUAGAAUAUUUACUUCACAGCUUGAACUUCCAGUCCCAUCCGACGGUGAUGCUUUUUGCACUAAUAGCACUGGAGAAGUUUGCACAAACAAGUGAAAAUAAAAUGACAGUUUCUGAAUCACGUAUUAGCGACCAACUGAUUCUGCUGGAGAAGUGGACAGAUAAUCCAGACUAUUUAAAACGGCAGGUUGGAUUCUGUGCCCAGUGGAGUUUAGACAAUUUGUUUUUAAAAGAAGGCAGGCAGUUUACAUAUGAGAAAGUUGACUUGACCAACAUCAGGGCAAUGCUGAACAGUAACGAUGUCAGUGAAUACCUGAAGAUAUCGCCGCAUGGAUUAGAGGCUCGAUGUGAUGCCUCAUCCUUUGAGAGUGUUAGAUGUACGUUCUGCGUCGAUUCUGGAGUCUGGUACUAUGAAGUGACAGUCAUUACUUCAGGGGUGAUGCAGAUAGGAUGGGCUACCAAAGACAGCAAAUUUCUCAAUCAUGAAGGUUAUGGCAUUGGGGAUGAUGAAUACUCCUGUGCAUACGAUGGCUGCCGGCAGCUGAUUUGGUAUAAUGCCAGAAGUAAACCGCAUUCCCAUCCCUGUUGGAAAGAAGGAGACACAAUAGGAUUUCUACUAGACUUGCAAGAAAAGCAAAUGAUCUUCUAUUUAAAUGGAAACCAGCUUCCUGCUGAGAAGCAAGUAUUUUCAUCUGCUGUGUCUGGGUUUUUUGCUGCAGCGAGUUUCAUGUCCUAUCAACAAUGUGAGUUCAACUUUGGGGCAAAACCUUUCAAGUACCCACCAUCAAUGAAGUUUAGUACCUUUAAUGAUUAUGCUUUUCUGACAGCAGAAGAGAAAAUCAUUUUGCCCAGACACCGGCGCCUGGCUUUGUUGAAGCAAGUGAGUAUCCGAGAGAACUGCUGCACGCUUUGCUGCGAUGAGGUAGCAGACACAGAACUCAGGCCAUGCGGACACAGCGACCUGUGCAUGGAGUGUGCCUUGCAACUGGAGACCUGCCCUUUGUGUCGACAGGAAAUACAGACCCGAGUCAGACAGAUCUCUCACAUUUCAUGACACAUGUGGAAAAAUACCACAGACUUGUUUUUAAUUAACUCCAACCAAUACUGAAAGGGGAAAGCAUCUCUAACCAAUCUUUACGCACAUAGAACCAUAGCCACGGCCAGAUUUCAUGCUAAACUGUAAUCUGUUUAUCUUAAAAAUGAGAUCUUUAAUAAGCUAUUUCAGUUUGCCAGCGAUGGGAGCUGGUUUCACAGUAAGAAGAGCUGGUAGGUCAGUGUGCUAUGGCUGUGGGUUCCUCCAAGCAAGACCAUAGGAGAGUCUCUCUUCUUCCCCCUUUCCUUCUUGCCUGUCGCAAGUGCUGAAAAAAAUUUGCACUGGAAGUACACGUACAAUGCAUUUUAAAAGAGAAAAGAAAUAUCUCCUCAAACAUUGCAGUUCUGUCUUGUGCUUGAAAGUCUCUUUUUGGCAGAAGUCAGUACUCAAAGGAGAAUGCCGAUGUUUUCCUGUUUAAUGUAGCCUCCUGCUGGUCAGAGACUCUGUAUUUUUCCAACAGUGGAUAUAAAACUGCUCAAAGACUUGAUCUGUACACGGACUGAAAAGACAGUGUGGAGACUGUAGAGAAACUCUUAUGUUUUAAUAAUUUGGUGAUUCCAAAGAAUGUUCUGAUUUGUUUUUAAACGUUAAAAGAUCGGUGGUAUUUUCAAGUACAUAAUGUUUCUGAUGCUUUUAACUUCAGUACCCACAUUUUUUUGUGAGGAUAUAAUUUUCAGGAGGUAUUCUUAAUUAUAACGCUGGACUGGAAUUAAUUUGAUAUUCUGGGUAUUUUUUAAGGUAUCAUUGAACAUCUUUUUUAAUCAGUGUUGUUUUUGAAAGUUAUGUUCGCUUUUGAAAUAUUGAGCUAUCUUAAAAGAUUGCAGGAGAAUUUAGGGCCAGUUUAUUUAAAAAAAAAAAGUUAUUUGGAUAUCAAGUUUGGUCUUACUCUGUAACUCUUUAAAAAUUCACCUUGCUUGCCAUGUGUCAGCCCUGCUCUGAGCAGGUUUGGUGCCACACUUCAUAUUUUUGAUAGGGAUCAUACAGUGGGAAUCUCUGCUCCAGUUUAGUUACACAUUUGUGAUGUUUGUAUGUUAAGGAUGCAUUUCAGCAGGCAGCUUUUGACUGUUUACUAGGUUUCUGCAAGGAAUCAGGGUUCACAGGUGGUGUCAGUGAAGUAGCACAAAAAUUGGUGGAGUUAACGCUUAUUUUGCACCAACUGAGGAUAUAACUCGGUCUCUUCCAAGACUUCUACCGGUUGCUUUUUAAAAAUUACUAGCUAUAUAGUAGGCUAGUAGUAAAGUAGAACUUUACUAAUUCACACACCACUUACACCAAAACCAUCCCACUUCUUGGCAGUGAUUCAACAGCAGAGGCUGUUGUAGUGAAUUCUCAUCCUGUGAUGCACCUUAUUUUUAAAAUGGUUUAUUAUCCUUACUGUACUAUCAAAUGUUAACAAAGCAGAGCUGAGGCUGCUGCUUCCUGCUGAACACUCUUGCUUCCCACUGACCAAAUUGGUAUCUGAGAGCAACAGCUUUGUGCACAGGUUCCAGAAUCAAGCUCUUGGACAACUCCUUUCACCUUCUGCCUUUGCUAACUUAAGGGUGCUGAGUUUCAUCCAGAUUUAAAAAAGAAAAAAGGAAGAGUGUGUCUCUGAACCUCUGGUGUAUAAUGUGUGAAUUAAGAAAGUUCUGUCCAUCAUUUUCUUGUUGACUGUUUUUCCAAAUACAGACUGAAUCCAAAAACAGAGUGCUGGUUAGUCUUUUUGCUAUAAAUGUGAAUUCUCUUCCUCCUUGGAUGCCUGUUUUGAUUAAUGUCAGACUGGCAAGCCUGUGCCACAGGGACCUCAUUUCCUCCCUGACUCUACUUUACCAUGUUUUGCUGUAAUCCAUGUUGCCAGUCAGGACCGGGUCCCUUCCUGCUCGGUGCUGAAUGAGCUAACACCUGAACAUCAUCACUGCCACAAGGAUCUUAGAAUCUCAGAAUCACUUGAAGUUUUACAUGCUUCCAAAUGCAAUGAUAAGUCUUUAUCCCUAAGGUCCAAAGAUACUUUAGGGAAGAGGUGGGACAGACACAUUUUGAACUCUGCCUUAAUAGAUUCUAGUAACUUCAGGGCUUUGGUUUCCCUGGCCAGAAUUAACUGAGGUAAAAUUUUCAGAAGUGCCUAGGACUCCUGAUUCGUAUCAACUGCUGUAUUGAGAUUAAGCUCUUAAGGUCCAGGUCCAUGUCCACAAAGGCUUCUAGAUAUCUGGUGUCCCCUUAAAAUGGAGGUGACCUAGGCCUUUGUGGACACAGGACUAGGUGCCUGCGUUCUUUGUUUAAAAGAUAAGAAUGCUUUGGAAAAUUUUGCCCCAGACUGUCUUCCAUGCAGCUGGUGCUGGGCUGAGAAAGGCCAGUGGCACCCGAGGAAGGAGCUGUGUUGUAGAGAACUGUCCUGUUCAUUUCAUGAGUGAAAGACUGUACUAAUUGGACUGGCUUUCUGCUGAAAUCCACGGUCAUUGUAAAGCUCAAUCCUCUGUGACCGCUGCAGUGCCCACCUCAGUCCUUGCACGCCCUGAAGGCUCUGGGGCUGGGUCGGGGAGAUGGUGGAUCUGCAGGACCUCGGAAGGCAAAAUGAGUUGUAGCGAAGCUGUCCAUUCAACAAUAAAAACAUCUUGAAGGCUA